AUGAAAACAAAUAACAUUAUGGGACAGAACGAACAAAAUAAAUUUGUUUACAGUACUAAAAGUCCAAUCUUUAAACGUAUUGGAACAGAAAAUCCAGAGAAAUUCCAACAAAUGAUACCAGGAAGUCAGAUGUCCAACGUAUUGACAGAAAAUAAAGUGAAACCAAUAGGUUCACAGCUACUUUUUCGCAACAUCAGCUCCUCCGAAAAGUCUCAACAAAUUAAUGCAACAUCAAUCUGCAAGAACUGUCUAACUUCAACUACUCCUCUAUGGCGUCGUGACGAAAAUGGUGCAGUUCUCUGUAAUGCUUGCGGACUAUUUCUAAAACUCCAUGGCAGAGCUAGGCCGAUCAGCCUCAAAACAGACACUAUUAAAUCACGAAAUAGGAAAGGAAAUACUGGGCAUGAGCAGUCAGAUAGUACAGGUCUAAUAAAGAUAGAGUCCAAAAAAAUUGCAAAAGUCGGUGAAAAGAAAAGAAAAUGCAAGAUCAAUCACGCUACUACCGAAAGCGUAAAAAAACCUAAAGUUGACGAUAGCACUACAUUGGAUAGUGCAUUAUCUAUUGAAAAAACUGGCGACAAUCAAAGAGUUAAAACAGAUUCGAGAGAUAUCCAAAAAUCAAAUUUAACAAUAUCGAGCGAUUGCAAUGUUAUAAAACCCGUUAGUUCGACGCAAAAUAAAACAGUAGCACAUUUACCUGGUGUAUCUUCACUACUGGGUGACAUUGAGAAAAAUCAAAUAGAUAAUAAUAAUUUAACAGAUAAACUGAGGUCACCACCGGGUCAUACAAUUCACACAUUUGUGCCUGUACCAUUAUCAUCAUCCUCAACAGAUUAUCAAGCAGUCAACCAAAAUAUUACUGCAUCAACCACUCCUGUCGUAUUUACUCCCCACUUCCAUUCGACUGACUCUCCUAUAAUCGGACCUAAUACGAAUGGCUCGUUGUCUUUAAAUACCCUGAAAGAUACUUUCAAGCUAGAUUCAUAUUAUGAAUCAUUAUUGCAUAAACAUUCCGACCAAGCGGAGGAAGUUACUUCGGUUUAUGACCAGAGUAAAAUUCAUCCUGUAAGAUCUAACGAAAGUGAAAAUUUACGAAGUAUUUCUAUCUCAGGUACCAACGGAUCAUCUGAUAGCCUAAUUAAAACUUUACGCAAUAAAGAGACAGACAAACUUUCGGUAAAGAGUGAGCCAAUUAAUGUAGAAAACAAUAUUGAGAAAUCUGAAAAAUUACAGCGUCAAGAGGAAGAAGAUUCACAUUUAAGCGUGGUUUUAAAGAAUGAGGAAGAAAUAAUAAGACUGAAAACCAAAAUAAAUGAACUUGAAUUAAUAACGGAAUUAUACAAGAAACGCAUUUUUGAGUUGGAUAAAAAAUAUAGAGAUCUCAAAAAACAAUUAAACCAGUAG